UUUCAUCAAAGAAGCAAAUAAUGGAAGAAGUGCACUCAAUGAAUAUAGAUACCCAUAGCCAACAGCAGAUUGUUCCCAAUGUUCUUCAAUUUGCUAGAAGCUAUCAGCUUGAAGCAUUGGAUAAGGCUAUCCGUGAAAAUACCAUUGUGUACUUGGAGACUGGUUCCGGCAAGACUUUGAUAGCCAUCAUGCUUCUUCGCAGCUAUGCUUAUCAUCUAAGAAAGCCUUCUCCUUUCAUUGCAGUGUUCUUGGUUCCUAAAGUUGUUUUGGUGUCUCAACAAGCUAAAGCCUUGAAAAUGCACACUGAUUUAAAAGUGGGAAUGUAUUGGGGAGAUAUGAGAGUUGAUUUCUGGGAUGCUGCUAUGUGGAAACAAGAAAUGGAGAAACAUGAGGUGCUUGUCAUGACGCCUUCUAUAUUGCUUGAAUGCUUGAGGCACAGCUUUAUCAAGCUGAAAAUGAUUAAGGUUUUAAUAAUGGAUGAAUGUCAUCAUGCUAGGGGUAGACACCCUUAUGCAUGCAUCAUGACUGAGUUUUAUCAUCACCAGUUAAAAUCUGGUAUCUCUGAACUCCCUCGAAUUUUUGGCAUGACUGCAUCUCCAAUUAAGGCAAAAGUUGGAAAUUCUGCAUUGACCUUGUCAGAAAAUAUUUGGAAACUAAUGAGUCUAAUGCAUUCAAAGGUAUAUACAUGUGUAAGUGAAGCUGUCAUUGCAGAGUUCAUACCAACCUCAACCCCAAAAUUCAAGUUUUACAGGGAAAAUGGAAUUCAAUUUGCAUUAUUUGAAGAAUUAGCAGUUCAACUCAAGACAUUAAAACAACAGCAUGAACUCUCUCUAAGAAGUCCAGAUUUCACUAAAUCGUCUGCUGAGUCUGCACACAAGAGAAUAACAAAGAUUUAUUCUGCUUUAAUAUUUUGCUUGGAUGAGCUUGGUGUUUGGUUGGCUUUCAAGGCUGCAGAAUUGUCAUCUUCCAAUGAAUUGGAAUCAUUUUCAUGGGGUACCUCUGGUGAUCAGGUUGUUAAGAACUUCAGUUUGGCUAGUAUGCUUACACUGAAAACAUACUUACCAUCUGGUCCUCAGUGGUCUAUUGGUGACAAUAUGAAAUCUGCUGUGGAGAUGGGGCUGUUAACCUCCAAAGUUUGCUGUCUUAUUGACUCUCUACUUCAGUACAGGGGUUUGACUGAAAUGAGAUGCAUAGUUUUUGUGGAAAGAGUCAUCACUGCCAUUGUCCUUGAGGCAUUAUUGAAUGCCUUGCUUCCAAAAUACAAUAGCUGGAAAACUAAAUUCAUUGCAGGGGACAAUUUUGGAAUGCAAUAUCAAUCAAGGAAUGAACAAAAUGAUAUUGUGGAAGAAUUUCGAAUGGGAUUGGUCAACAUCAUUGUUGCAACAUCAAUUCUUGAAGAGGGUUUAGAUGUUCAGAGUUGCAAUUUGGUUAUUAGAUUUGACCCAUCUCCCACAGUGUGCAGUUUUAUACAGUCCCGAGGCCGUGCCAGAAAGCAAAAUUCAGAUUACAUAUUAAUGGUUGAGAGUGGGGAUUCAGUUACACGUUCCCGACUAGAGAAAUACCUUGCCAGUGGGGAUAUUAUGAGGAAGGAGUCAUUGCGUCAUUCUUCCCUUCCAUGCGACCCUUUUGAAAGUGAUCAAUUUCAUGAGGAAGCUUAUCGCGUUGCAAGCACUGAGGCAGUUGCCAAUCUUAGUUCUAGCAUUACUUUGAUUCAUUUGUAUUGCUCACGGCUCCCUGCAGAUGGGUACUUUAAACCAACUGCAAGGUGGGACAAAGAGACUGGAACGUUGUAUCUUCCAAAGAGCUGCCCUCUACAGCCUAUUCAUGUACAAGGUGACAAAAAACUCUUAAAGAAUAUUGCAUGCCUUGAAGCAUGCAAACAACUUCAUGAGAUUGGAGCUCUGACAGAUAAUCUCGUCCCUGACAUUGUCAUUGAAGAAGCAGAGGUGGAGGAAUUUGGAAAUGAACCUUACGAUGAGAACCAACCAACUUAUCUACCUUUUGGAUUGGUAAAUCGUGUGUCAUACAGUAGUCGCACAACCUACCAUUGUUAUUUACUGGAGCUAAAUCAACAUUUUAGUUAUGAUAUCUCAGUUCAAGACAUUUUUCUUGCAACCAGAAUUGAGCUUGAUCCAGAAAUUGGAUGCAUGCAAUUCAACGAUAUGUGUUUUGACAGAGGUAGCUUGUCAGUAAACUUAAGAUAUAAAGGAACCAUUGAUCUUUCACCUGAUCAGGUUCUUUUAUGUAAAACAUUCCAGGUUACAGUCCUUAAAAUUCUCAUAGAUGAUAAUGUGGAAAAGUUGGCAACUGUUUUGGACAGAUGCAAUUUGGAGGAUGAUCUUGAAAUUGAUUAUCUUCUGCUUCCGGCUACUACUCAAGGGCACAGUCCGUUGGUUGAUUGGUUUGUCAUUAAUUCUGUAAAUCCAUCUAAUAUUUCAUGCAAGUAUCAUACACCCAAUAUACAGACAAAAAAUGGUCUAGCUUGCACUUGUAAAUUGCAAAAUGCAUUGGUUUGUACACCCCAUAAUGGUUAUAUUUAUAUCACCACUGGUAUAAGAGAAUUGGAUGGAAACUCACCUCUGGAAUUAAGGGUUGGUGAAGUUACUACAUACAAGAAGUACUAUAAGCAACGUCAUGGCAUUCAAUUGCAUUUUGAACAUCAAAGGCUGCUUAAAGCAAGGCACAAUUUUCAUGUUAAAAAUUACUGUCACGGAAGCAGACAUGAGAAGGAAGGAGAAGAUAGCAAGAGCUUUGUUGAAUUACCGCCUGAAGUGUGCUCUAUAAUCAUGUCACCAAUAACAGAUAGGAUCAUUUAUUCUUUCUCAUUUAUUCCGUCAAUCAUGCAUAGACUUGGGUCAUUGCUUGGAGCUUUCAAUUUGAAAAAGAUGCAUUUGGAUCAUUGCACACAGAAUGAAAUUCAAACAGUCAAGGUGUUGGAAGCAAUCACUACAAAAAAAUGCAAAGAGACCUUUCAUUACGAGUCUCUAGAGACUCUUGGAGAUUCUUUUUUAAAAUAUGCUGCCAGCCAACAGCUUUUUAAAACCUAUCAAAAUCACCAUGAAGGUCUCCUUAGUUUGAAGAGGCAAAAGAUAAUUUCUAAUGCUGCCCUCUGUAAGUUAGGUUGCAGUUCUAAACUUCCGGGCUUCAUACAAAAUGAGCCUUUUGAUCCUAAUACCUGGAUCAUUCCUGGUGAUAAAUCUAUAAGUUCUAAAAUAAAAGAGUUGGUUAUCAAUGAGACAAAAAUUUAUGUUAGUGGAGAAAGAAAAUUAAAAAAGAAGACUGUUGCUGAUGUUGUUGAGGCACUAAUUGGUGCCUGCCUCAGCAAUGGUGGUGAAAAGGCUGCGUUGUUGUUUAUGGAUUCAGUUGGUAUUAAAGUGAGUUUUAAUACCAUACCCUAUGAAAGGCACUUCAAUGAUCAUGUGGAGAAUCUUGUACAUGUCAGCUUUCUAGAAUCACUAUUAAAGUACCCAUUCCGUGAUUGUUCUCUUUUACUAGAAGCUCUGACCCAUGGUUCUUACAUGCUGCCUGAAGUUCCUAGAUGUUAUCAGCGAUUAGAAUUUCUUGGAGAUUCAGUAUUGGAUUUUCUGAUUACUUGGCAUUUGUACAAUGAAUAUCCUGGCAUGUCACCUGGGCAGUUAACUGACAUGAGGUCAGCUUCUGUGAAUAAUGAUUGUUAUGCAUGGUCUGCUAUUAAGGCUGGGUUGCACAAACAUGUACUACAUGCCUCACAAAAACUGCAUAAGGAUAUUGCUGUCACACUUCAUGAUUUUGAUAAGUUGUCUUCAUUGUCAACUUCUGGAUGGGAUUCAGAGACAUCACUCCCCAAGGUACUUGGAGACAUAAUUGAGUCUUUGGCUGGAGCAAUUCUUGUUGAUUCAGGCUACAAUAAGGAGGUUGUGUGGCAAAAAAUAAGGCCCCUUUUGGAACCACUUGUCACACCUGAAACAUUGAAGCUCAAUCCCACCAGAGAAUUGUAUGAACUCUGUCAUAAAAAAGGUUAUGUUAUAUCGAAACCUGAGGUCAGCAGGGAUAAUGGUGUCACUACUUAUAGAAUGGAGAUACAAUCUAAUGGAGUGGUUAUUCAAGAGGGUGAGUAUAACGGUCCUGAUCAUAAGAAAACAGCCAAAAAGAUAGUCUGCAAGAAAAUUUUGAAGUUAUUGAAGGAAGGAGGAUUAUAG